UAAUGAACAAAAGUAUAUAUUCAACCCUGCACGACCUUUAAAUCCACAAACUAAUCCACUCCUAAGCUUUGGUUUCUUUCAAAUAGGAUCACCAGACAAUGAAUAGUGUAAUGGAAUCAGAGGAAGGAAUGAAGGUGGAGUCAACGAACAGAGCAGAAGCAGAGAUCUCAAACUUGAGAACCAAUGAAGAAGAAGUUAAGACAGAGUCUGUUCAGAAAGAAGAGGAGAAGAAAACAGAGAAGAGGAAAGAAGAAGAAGAAAACGAGAAGACCAAAACGGUGCCGUUUUACAAGCUGUUUGCCUUUGCAGAUUCCUAUGACAUCCUCUUGAUGAUCCUUGGGACUAUAGGCGCUGUGGGUAACGGUCUUGCCUUCCCUAUCAUGACAGUCCUCUUUGGAGAUGUGAUUGACGUGUUCGGACAAAACCAAAACAGUUCAGAUGUUUCUGAUAAGAUCGCUAAGGUGGCUCUGAAAUUUGUAUACCUUGGACUUGGGACUCUAGUGGCAGCUCUUCUCCAGGUUUCUGGGUGGAUGAUCUCUGGGGAGAGACAAGCAGGAAGAAUAAGGAGUUUAUAUCUAAAAACCAUACUGAGACAAGACAUUGCUUUCUUCGAUGUCGAAACCAACACAGGAGAAGUUGUUGGAAGAAUGUCAGGUGACACUGUGCUUAUACAAGACGCCAUGGGAGAGAAGGUUGGGAAGGCUAUACAAUUGGUAUCAACGUUUAUUGGUGGAUUUGUGAUAGCUUUCAUGGAAGGAUGGCUUCUUACAUUAGUCAUGGUAUCUUCAAUUCCACUUCUAGUGAUGUCUGGUGCAGCUCUCGCUAUCGUCAUUUCGAAAAUGGCUUCUCGUGGACAAACUUCUUAUGCUAAAGCUGCGGUUGUGGUUGAGCAAACAGUUGGAUCUAUAAGAACCGUUGCAUCGUUUACCGGAGAGAAACAAGCUAUAAGCAAUUACAAUAAGCAUCUUGUCUCUGCUUAUAGAGCAGGUGUCUUUGAAGGAGCUUCCACAGGGCUUGGUCUUGGUACACUCAAUAUAGUCAUCUUUUGCACUUAUGCUUUAGCUGUUUGGUAUGGCGGGAAGAUGAUAUUGGAGAAAGGUUACACAGGAGGACAAGUUCUCAUCAUCAUCUUCGCGGUUCUUACCGGUUCCAUGUCGUUAGGACAAGCAUCUCCUUGUUUAAGCGCGUUUGCGGCUGGUCAAGCCGCGGCCUACAAAAUGUUCGAAACAAUCAAAAGAAAACCGGAGAUUGAUGCUUCCGAUACAACCGGGAAAGUUCUUGAUGAUGUUCGAGGAGAUAUAGAGCUUAAAGAUGUGAGCUUUAGUUACCCGGCAAGGCCAGAAGAGCAGAUCUUUCGAGGGUUUUCGCUGUCUAUCUCGAGUGGUUCGACCGUGGCUCUAGUUGGGCAGAGCGGAAGUGGGAAAUCAACUGUUGUGUCUCUGAUUGAGAGGUUUUAUGAUCCACUAGCUGGUGAAGUUCGAAUAGAUGGAAUUAACCUUAAGGAGUUUCAGCUAAAAUGGAUCAGAAGCAAGAUAGGACUUGUGAGUCAAGAACCGGUUCUGUUCACUUCGAGCAUAAAGGAAAACAUCGCCUACGGGAAAGAGAACGCAACAAUCGAAGAGAUUCGUAAGGCUACAGAGCUCGCAAACGCAUCUAAAUUCAUCGAUAAGCUUCCUCAGGGUUUAGAGACGAUGGUAGGAGAACAUGGGACUCAGCUUUCCGGUGGGCAGAAACAGAGGAUCGCAGUGGCUAGAGCGAUUCUAAAAGAUCCAAGAAUCUUGCUUUUAGAUGAAGCAACGAGCGCGCUUGAUGCAGAGUCUGAGAGGAUUGUUCAAGAAGCUCUGGACAGGAUCAUGGUUAACCGAACAACUGUCGUUGUCGCUCACAGAUUGAGCACGGUGAGAAACGCAGACAUGAUUGCUGUAAUUCAUCAAGGCAAGAUCGUUGAGAAAGGUUCGCACUCUGAGCUCCUAAGAGACCCCGAAGGAGCCUACUCUCAGCUCAUACGUCUGCAAGAAGAAAACAAACAAUCCGAAGAUUCGACAGAUGAGCAGAAGAUAUCAAUGGAGUCUAUGAAACGGUCUAGUUUGAGAAAGUCGUCUCUAAGCCGGUCUUUAAGCAAAAGAUCGUCUUCUUUCUCCAUGUUUGGUUUUCCAGCAGGAAUAGACUCAAACAACGAAGCAAAACCAGAGCAAGGCGAGGCUUCUACUCCGAUCAAAGAAGAAGAAACAGAACACAAGAAAGUAUCGUUCCUUAGAGUCGCUGCUCUAAACAAGCCAGAGAUUCCAAUGCUUAUACUGGGAUCUAUAGCCGCGGUUUUAAACGGAGUCAUACUUCCAAUCUUCGGGAUUCUAAUCUCAAGCGUGAUCAAAGCAUUUUUCAAACCACCUGAGCAGUUAAAAUCCGACACAAGGUUUUGGGCGAUCAUCUUCAUGCUUCUCGGUGUAGCUUCAAUGGUGGUCUUCCCGGCACAAACGAUCUUUUUCUCCAUAGCCGGAUGUAAGCUGGUGCAGCGGAUAAGAUCGAUGUGUUUUGAGAAAGUGGUUCAUAUGGAAGUUGGAUGGUUCGAUGAGACUGAGAACUCAAGUGGUGCUAUUGGAGCUAGGCUUUCUGCUGAUGCUGCUACGGUUCGUGGUCUAGUCGGAGACGCAUUGGCUCAAACGGUUCAGAAUCUUGCGUCUGUAACCGCAGGUUUGGUCAUCGCGUUUGUGGCAAGCUGGCAGUUAGCUUUCAUUGUUCUCGCCAUGCUUCCGCUAAUCGGUCUUAAUGGUUAUAUAUACAUGAAGUUCAUGGUUGGCUUCAGUGCAGAUUCAAAGAGAAUGUACGAGGAAGCGAGCCAAGUGGCGAACGAUGCGGUCGGGAGCAUAAGAACAGUUGCUUCAUUUUGUGCAGAGGAGAAAGUGAUGAAAAUGUAUAAGAAGAAAUGUGAAGGUCCUAUGAAAACAGGAAUACGUCAAGGCAUAGUUAGUGGUAUUGGUUUUGGAGUUUCUUUCUUCGUCCUCUUCGCUUCUUACGCCGCCAGUUUCUAUGCCGGUGCAAGGCUUGUCGACGACGGCAAAACAACCUUCGAUGCUGUUUUCAGAGUUUUCUUUGCUUUAACAAUGGCGGCUGUAGCUAUUUCUCAGUCAAGUUCAUUGUCUCCUGAUUCCAGCAAAGCUAGCAAUGCGGCUGCAUCCAUCUUUGCGGUUAUAGACAGAGAAUCGAAGAUUGAUCCAAGUGAUGAGUCUGGCAGAGUUCUUGAAAAUGUUAAAGGAGAUAUUGAACUUCGUCAUAUCAGCUUCAAAUAUCCUUCAAGACCAGAUGUUCAGAUCUUCCAGGAUCUCUGUCUCUCUAUUCGCGCGGGGAAGACAAUAGCUUUGGUCGGAGAGAGUGGAAGCGGGAAAUCGACAGUGAUUGCGCUGCUGCAGAGGUUUUACGAUCCUAAUUCGGGUCAGAUCACUCUUGAUGGAGUUGAGAUUAAGACCUUGCAGCUAAAAUGGCUAAGGCAGCAAACCGGGCUAGUGAGCCAAGAACCGGUUUUGUUCAAUGAAACGAUCAGAGCAAACAUUGCUUACGGAAAAGGAGGAGAUGCUUCUGAAACCGAAAUUGUAUCUGCAGCUGAGCUAUCUAACGCUCAUGGCUUCAUUAGUGGACUACAACAGGGCUAUGAUACAAUGGUGGGUGAAAGAGGAGUUCAAUUAUCAGGCGGACAAAAGCAGAGAGUAGCCAUAGCCAGAGCAAUAGUUAAAGACCCUAAGGUGUUGCUACUUGAUGAAGCAACAAGUGCUCUAGACGCUGAGUCCGAGCGUGUGGUCCAGGACGCAUUAGACCGGGUUAUGGUUAACCGAACCACCGUGGUGGUGGCACAUCGGUUAUCAACGAUCAAGAACGCAGAUGUAAUUGCAGUGGUUAAAAAUGGCGUCAUCGUGGAAAAAGGAAAGCAUGACACUUUGAUUAGUAUCAAAGAUGGUGUUUAUGCAUCUUUAGUACAGCUUCAUCUGAGUGCUUCUACAUAAAAAAUUCUUUAUUUAUUUAUGAAUCACCAUUUGUGAGUAAAAUUUACGACGGAAUUUAAGACCAAAAAGUUUUCAUUUUUCGAUUCA